UUCUCAAAGUACUUUAGCAAGUUAAUGCGCGACAUCUAUCGCGGAUCUAAUAUCACGGGUGCAACACCUGUAUGCAUGGGGUUUCUGCGUUAACAAACAGUCUACCGUACAUAUAAUAAAGGACUGAGUUGACUAAAAGAAGAAAUAAAAAGCUAGUUAAUAAAUCCUCGCGUUUUAAAAAGUUUAGUGUUGUUUUUCAGCUAAAGUGUUGUCACAGAGUAGAGAGAGUGCCCGGCGGGUCGUGUAGUAAUCGGCCGCGCGGGAUAUUGGAUAUCCAGACAAGGAGCAGCACACAGCACAGGCCUUGGGUAGCUCGUGCCCGUGUGUAAGUAAUUUUUUUAAUGGAUCCUACUAUCGGCUGGUAUCAACCGGAGCAGUUUGGGCCAGCUAAAGACUUGUGGCUGCAAAUUUGGAUCGCUGAGAAAGGCCUUGAUACGUUGACAUUAAAAAACGAAAACAGCAUAGUAGGCUGUGGUGGCGGCGGCGGCGGUGGUGGGACGAACACUCUUGUUAACAGUGUUGGUGGUGGUGUACCAACAGCAAUGGCUACUUCUGGCAACAAAGGCGCCCAGGACUUUGUUCCUCUCCAGGACAGUCACAUCAACAAUCACAGCAACGCGGCUGUUAACAACCGCGUUGCCCACCAGGAAGACCACCGGAAUCACCAGACGACCAAUCAUCUCCAAAGGAGCUUACCAGUCACGUCAAAUAUGUACUACAACCCGUCUCGCAGGAAAAAUGACAACCGAGCCAGCACUUAUGGUCUCAAUUACAACCACGACACCCUCAUCGGCGAGUACGGAGGAUGUCCUUGGAGGAUUCCCAGCAAGCAGUACAGUCCAGGAAUUAUUGGGCUUCAUGAGGAAAUAAUUGACUUUUAUAAUUAUAUGUGUCCGACAAUCGAAGAGCACAAUUUGCGAAUACGUGUUGUCAAGCGAAUUGAGUCAAUUAUUUAUGAACAAUGGCCAGAGUCUAAAGUUGAGGUAUUUGGAAGCUUUCGCACUGGCCUUUAUCUGCCUACAAGUGAUAUCGAUCUAGUUGUAAUCGGAAGGUGGGCGAACCUCCCGCUGUUUACGUUAGAAAAUAAGUUCCUGGAGUAUGAUAUCGCUGAACCGAGCUCAAUAAAGGUGUUGGACAAGGCUAGUGUACCAAUAAUCAAAUUAACCGAUAAAGAAACUGAUAUUAAAGUAGACAUUAGUUUUAAUAUGAACAACGGCGUUAAAUCUGCGGAGCUCAUUAAAAAUUACAAAAGACGUUUUCCAGUACUUGACAAACUCGUGCUUGUUUUAAAGCAAUUUUUAUUACAACGUGAUUUAAAUGAAGUUUUUACUGGAGGUAUUUCAUCUUACAGCUUGAUUCUCAUGACGAUCAGUUUCCUGCAGUUACAUCCUAGACAAAAUGUACAUGAAAAUUCUAAUCUAGGAGUUUUACUUAUUGAAUUUUUAGAGUUAUACGGUAGAAAAUUUAAUUAUGUUAAGACUGGCAUUAGAGUUAAAGACGGCGGUACUUAUAUUUCUAAGGAAGAGGUUCAACGAGACAUGAUUGAUGGACACCGACCAUCAUUGUUGUGUAUUGAAGAUCCAUUGACACCCGGUAACGACAUCGGACGCAGCAGCUACGGAGCUCUCUAUGUUAAAGAUGCAUUUGACUAUGCUUAUCAUAAUCUGGCUCAAGCUGUCAAUCCAACAAAUUUCAUUGAUUCUUCUAAGCAUAGUAUACUGGGAAGAAUAAUCCGCGUUACUGAUGAAGUAAUAGAAUACCGGAAGUGGAUCAAAGACUCGUUUCCGAGUUCCGUCCUAGAAUUAGACUCACUGUCAAGCUCGACUGGUUCAGACGCGUCAACUCUCUCAGCGCCUGCCAGUGAUACUGAUUCAGAGCACAGUCGUGGGAAUUCUCCAAACACAGGUGGACAGAUAGAAGACCGCAAUCGAGACCGCAAUGCGUACAACAAUCAACAGAAUCAGUAUACUCACAAUCCGUGGAAAAAACCCUACAAAACUGGACAUGUAAAUCACCAACACAGCUCGAGGGGAAGUUAUCCGCGGGGAAUAAAUAACUCGCUGCAUAACAAAGCUAAGAACUCCCACCACAACGGCAUCAUUAAUAACACCAACAACAAUAACAGUAGUAACACCAAUAAUAAUAAUAAUAUUAGCAAUAACAACGGCGGCAGCCAGAGUCCUGGAACGAGGAUUCAAGCUCAGAAGAGGAAGAAGACCUACAGCAACCGCGCGCCUGGUGACUGUGUACGGUGAUGAAAUUUCAUCUAAGAAUUGUUCUGCUGUUCAAGUGAUUAAUUGUUAAGGAAAACUGUUUGUUUGCCAAGGCGAUUUCUCCUCAGGUAAACCCACGAGGCUUCUCGUCCAAAUUAAAUAUUUAUUAAUAAAUAAUUUACAGAUUUAUUACACUGACGCAGAACUUACGGACAUUUUAUUGUUAAAUGUUUUGUUAAUAUUUUAUUAAUAUAAACAUUUAUUUAAAAGGUAAAUUAAAACUUUGUAAAAAUACGGUCUAGAGUUUUAAAUAUGUACAUUAAGUUCGUCGUAGUUUAAUGUAUAAAGUUUCUGCAUUUUAUUUCGUAUAAAAAAAAAAAAAUGACAAAAAAAUUAUUUAAAAAUAACGAAAAUAAAAAUAUAUAUAAAUAUAUAAAAAAAA